ACAAAAUGGCGCACAGCUGUCGGUGGCGCUUCCCAGCUCGGCCCGGAACCGGCCGAAGACUGGGGGCUAGACUGAGGCUGUUUGCUGCACUGCGAGAUGAGGGAAGUGGGAACAGGGAGGGCACCGUAAGUCCCGGGAGUAGCGGGGGGCUAGUGCCCGGUUAUGACGCGGCUCUGCAGGUGUCUGUAAGGAUCGGGAGCAACCUGAGGAGAUUUAGAGAACUGAGCGGCGGGAGCAGCGAGGAGGAGGAACAAUUUCUUGGUUUCGGUUCAGAUGAAGAAGUUAAAACGCAAAGCCCCACAAAAUCAACUCCAGAUCAGAAAGCCUUACGAAAACCUCGUGGAAGACCCAGGAAUACCUUGCAAAGAAGCUUUGAUACAUCUCUCCAUACUGCUGAAACUCCAAACCUUUCCGAAAUCAGGCCCUCAGAGAAAACUAAGACGCCUGAUGUCAAAUUGGAGGAAAAGAGGCGUGGAAGACCUCCUGCACAUGGCAGCGUCAAGUUUAGGCUAACUCAGGAGAAGCAUGAAAGCACUGAGUCUAUGAAAGCACCUCAAGAUGAGAAGACAAAAAGAAAAAAACAGUCCGCCACAUUUCAGCAAGCUGCCAAGAUAAAAAAACUUAGAGCAGUAAAAUUAUCGCCUUUAAAAUCAAAAUUCAAAAAAGGUAAACUGCAACUGGGAAGGAAAGGACCAGUUCCCAUUGUCCGGAAGAGAGGGAGACCCCCAUCAUCUGAAAGGUUUAAAGCUGAUCCUCCAGGCAGUAUUUACAGACAGUCCCAGGUCGACAAACCGCAAAGAGGGCGCAAGGAUGGUUCUCCACAGGGUACAAAAGAAGAGAGCAGAGUAUCUGUGCGUCAGAGCCCACGUAGAAUGAAGCCAGUUAGAAUAAUACCUUCUACCAAGAGGACAGACACCACAAUUGCUAAACAGCUAUUGCAGAAGGCCAAGAAGGGAGCUCAAAAAAAGAUGGAAUUAGAAGCAGCAAAGCUUCAGGGGCGUAAGGGAGGAACACAGCUGAAAAACAUACGUCAGUUUAUCAUGCCUGUGGUGAGUACAGUCUCAUCCCGGAUCAUCAAGACCCCAAGGAGGUUCAUUGAAGAUGAGGACUAUGAACCACCUAUUAAAAUAGCCCGCUUGGAGGCAGCUCCCAGUAGUAGAUUCAGUGCUGUUUCUUGUGGCUCUAGUGAGAAAUCCAGUGUAGCCUCUAUACGCUCCUCACAGGCCACUUCAGAUGACUCUAGGUCUAGCAGCCCCAGUGUGGAUACAUCAACAGAGUCUCAGGCCUCAGAGGAAACAACAGCUGUUAUUCCUGAAGCUCCUGGACGAACCACUGAGGCUCUUACCCAAGUACCCAUCACACAGCCUCCCACAGAAAACACUGAUGCUGGUAUAAGAAACAGAAGGUUUUCUGUCUGCAAUAGGACCUUUAGCUCCAGGCCAGCUAAGAAACUAACCUCACAAUCACCUAGACAACAGCCUUCUGCAUCUCCACCCCCACCACUUCUGGGUCCCCCAGCUCCUCUACAGCCCCCCACCAGCGUGCCUGAGCACACAUCAUGGUUGAUGCCUCCCUCUAUCCCCAUGGCUACACCUUUUCUAUCUGCCUCACGCAUGCAUGAGAAACGAAGGUCCAUCUUAAGGGAACCAACCUUCCGCUGGACCUCCCUGAAACAUUCACAGUAUUUUUCCUCUGCUAAGUAUGCUAAAGAAGGGCUUAUAAGAAAACCUAUCUUUGACAACUUCAGACCCCCACCUCUUACUCCAGAAGAUGUAGGAUUAGCAUCUGCAUCCAGCUUUCCCUCAUCAUCUGUUGUUGGACCUGGUAGGCUCUUUUCCCAUCUUCAUGCAUCAGGUGGACGGUUUGAUGUGCACAAACGUAGUCCUCUACUCCGCGCACCUAGGUUCACACCCAGUGAGGCACAUUCCCGUAUCUUUGAGUCAGUUACUCUCCCAUCUUCAACAGGCCGCAGUGGUGGAGCAUCUUCCAUGAUGGGUAGAGCCUCACGGAGGAGGAAAAGGAAGGUUUUCAGUCCCAUCCGCAGCUCAGAGCCUCGGUCCCCGUCACACUCCAUGAGAACAAGAAGCAGGAGAGUGAGUAGUAACAGUCUUUCAACUCUCACACCUCCAUCAGCCUUGGUAACUGGUAUAUCUUCCAGUCCUCUCACCGCUAGUGCCUUAAACCCCAGUUUUUCCUUCUCUUCAUCCUCUAUGACCCCAGUGACUGGAGAUUUAGCGGAGAAGGUGCAGAAUACCAGAAAACCAGCCAGCUCUCCUGGGGAACCUUUUUCCACUCCUUCCAACAGCUCUCCUGCCCUCUUCCCAUGGUUCUCUUCCAGUCCUCAGGCAGAGAGAGGGAGAAGCAAGGUCAGGGUUUCUGAGGAUACACUGAAAGAGAGAGAAACAGAGAAGAGUCGGGACAAGGAAAAAGAGAAGGAGAAUACUGGUGACUCCAAGAAAGAGAAACAUAAGAAGAGUAGAGAUGCCUUGUUUAAGGCAGGAAAGGAUAAGGGGGAUGGAGAGGUUGUAACAGCAGCUAUGCUACCUUUGAAAGCUAUAGGGAGGAAAAAGCCUGUAGCAGUAGAGGCCUCUUCUGAUGUCUCUGUGGCAUCACCCCCAGUGGAAUCUGUUCCAGCUAAAAACAAGUCAAAUAAGAAGGGUCGGGGAGUCUCUGAGAGGCCUGACUUGGAAACUAGUGCCAAACCUCCACUUGCUGAGACCCAGACACAUCUCCCAGACACAUCUCCUAGUGUAAAGCAAACCACUGCAGCCAUCAGCUCAGUGUUGGCUCAGGCUGACAAGUUUCCUGUUACAGACAAACGUGUGGCCAGUCUCCUGAAAAAGGCUAAAGUCCAACUAAAUAAUAUUGAAAAGAGCAAAUUCCUCAAACAGCAAGACACACCAAAGGUUCAGGGACAAGAAAGUGAUUCUUCAGAGGCAUCUGUGCGUGGUCCUCGUAUUAAGCAUGUUUGCAGACGAGCUGCUGUUGCACUAGGCCGCAAAAGAGCAGUAUUUCCAGAUGAUAUGCCCACCCUGAGUGCCUUACCAUGGGAGGAGAGAGAAAAAGUCCUGUCUUCCAUGGGAAAUGAUGACAAGUCAUCCAUUGCUGGUUCAGAGGAUGCUGACCCGCCAGCCCCACCACUAAAACCUGUUAAACAGGUGACACGUAAUAAAGCCCCACAGGAGCCACCAGUAAAAAAGGGCAGGCGGUCUCGACGCUGCGGGCAGUGUUCAGGAUGCCAAGUGCCAGAGGACUGUGGUGUCUGCACCAACUGCCUAGACAAGCCCAAAUUUGGAGGGCGCAACAUUAAAAAACAAUGCUGCAAAAUGAGGAAGUGCCAGAAUCUGCAGUGGAUGCCAUCCAAGGCUUUCCUACAAAAACAAGCUAAAGCUGCAAAAAAGAAGGAAAAGAAAUGUAAAGUAAGUGAUAAGAAAGAUAUUACAGUGGCCAAGAGCCCUCCAGAUCCUCCUCCAAAAGCACCAACUGCUCCAGCUGCAAUUGUACCUCCUCCUGCUCGAGUUCAGACUCCCCCUCCACCAUUAAAAAAAAUUGAGCCCCCCAGGAAAGCAGUGGAGGAAAAACUAGAAGACAGCCAACCUACACCAACCUGUGAAGCCAAGCAUUCCUUAAUUCCACGCAAAGCCACUAAGCAACCAGCCCUACAGCCUGCUUUGACUCCUCCUCCUCCCCAGGCCACCUCACCACUACCUGCAAAGAAGGAAUUACCAAAAUCUGCUCUGAGUGAGACAAAGAAGAAGCAGCCUGUUACGUUCACAGAGACUGGUCAAGAGCAGAACAAACAGAAGAAGCUGACCAACAGAUUAGGACCCCUUCUAAAAUCAAAACCAAAGGAAAAGGAAAAGGUGACCUUUCCCAGUAAGCCAGAGGCCAGCUUCAAUUUGCUGAAUUCAUUGUGUAAUGGGGUUGGUUCCAGACAGAAACCCUCUAUGGAUGGGGUGCAUAGAAUACGAGUGGAUUUUAGGGAGGAUUGUGAUGUGGAGAAUGUGUGGGAGAUGAGGGGACUCAGUAUACUAACUACUGUGCCUAUCACACCAAGGGUGGUCUGCUUUUUGUGCGCUAGCAGUGGGCGUGUGGAGUUUGUGUAUUGCCAGGUAUGCUGUGAACCAUUUCACAGGUUUUGCUUGGAGGAGAGAGAACGACCAACUGAGGACCAGUUAGAGAACUGGUGUUGCCGUAAUUGCAAGUUUUGCCAUGUGUGUGGGAGGCAGCAGCAGGCCACAAAGCAGUUAUUGGAGUGUAAUAAGUGCCGAAAUAGCUACCACCCGGAGUGCCUGGGACCAAACUACCCAACCAAACCCACCAAGAAAAAACGAGUUUGGAUCUGUACGAAAUGUGUCAGAUGCAAAAGCUGUGGCUCCACCACCCCUGGCAAAGGAUGGGAUGCUCAGUGGUCACAUGACUUCUCACUGUGUCAUGACUGUGCCAAACUCUUUGCUAAAGGAAACUUCUGUCCAUUGUGCAACAAGUGCUAUGAUGAUGACGACUACGAGAGCAAAAUGAUGCUGUGUGGAAAGUGUGACCACUGGGUGCACUCUAAGUGUGAAAGCCUGACAGAUGAGAUGUAUGAAAUAUUAUCCAAUCUACCAGAAAGUGUGGCAUACACAUGUGUAAAAUGCACAGACCAGCACCCUGCAGAGUGGAGGUUGGCACUGACCAGUGAACUUCAGGCUUCUUUAAAGUACGUACUGACAGCUCUGCUGAACUCUCGAACCUCGAGCCACCUACUGCGCUACCGUCAGACAGCAAAACCACCUGAUUUAAACCCUGAAUCAGAAGAAAAUAUGCCAUCACGGAGCUCUCCUGAGGGACCAGACCCUCCUAUACUCAUCCAAGUUACUAAACAGGAUGAAGAGCCACCACCUGAUCUUGAGAAUGUAAAGAAAAAGAUGGACAAUGGUGGUUAUACUUCUGUACUGCAGUUGAGCGAUGAUAUUGUGAGAAUCAUACAGGCUGCUAUAAAUGCAGAUGGGGGGCAGCCAGAAAUGAAGAAAGCCAACAGCAUGGUGAAAUCAUUCUUCACAAGGCAAAUGGAACGUGUCUUCCCCUGGUUUAAUGUGAAAAAGUCCAGGUUUUGGGAACCCAACAAAGUUACCAGCAAUAGCAGUAUGCUGCCUAAUGCAGUGCUGCCACCAUCCCUGGACCAUAACUACGCUCAGUGGCAGGAAAGGGAGAGUGGGCUUGCUGUGCAACCACCACUAAUGAAAAAAAUCAUCCCUGCUCCAAAACCCAAAUCUCCAUGGGAUCCAGAAUCUCCUCGACCAGUGCACCCCCCAAAUUCACCACCCUCAGUCCCUGAGCACACCAGGGAGCAGAGCCCAGAGCUGCCUCCUCCACCAGGGAUGGAGGACAACCGUCAAUGUGCACUGUGCCUCAAGUAUGGAGAUGAUGAAGCUAAUAAUGCUGGGAGACUCCUGUACAUUGGUCAAGACGAGUGGACGCAUGUAAACUGUGCCCUCUGGUCAGCAGAAGUGUUUGAAGAAGAUGAUGGCUCUUUGAAGAAUGUGCACAUGGCAGUUAUUAGAGGAAAGCAGCUGCGUUGUGAGCUUUGUCAGAAAUUGGGAGCAACUGUUGGUUGCUGCCUGAAUUCAUGCACCAGUAACUAUCACUUCAUGUGCUCAAGACAGAAAAACUGUGUGUUUCUGGAGGACAAGAAAGUUUACUGCCAGAAACACAGGGAUCUGUUCAAGGGAGAGGUUGUGUCUGGUAAUGGUUUUGAAGUUUUCAGAAGGGUGUUUGUGGACUUUGAAGGAAUUAGCUUGCGCAGAAAAUUUCUAAAUGGCCUUGAACCAGAAAAUAUCCACCUGAUGAUUGGCUCCAUGACUGUUGACUGCUUGGGCAUCCUGAAUGAUCUCUCAGAUUGUGAGGAAAAGCUUUUCCCUAUUGGCUAUCAGUGUUCUCGAGUGUACUGGAGCACCACAGAUGCUCGCAAGCGCUGUGUGUACACUUGUAAGAUCAUGGAGUGUCGGCCACCACCUGCUGAACCUGAAGUAAACAGUACCGUGCAACAUGAACAGAACCGGACCAUCGCACACAGUCCCUUACAUCGCACUGGAGAUAUACAGGAUACAGAACCUCAAAGUUCAGACAUGAAAAAUAUUGAGACUAUCAAGCAUCCCUCUCCAGACCUUGUAACACCCUCACCUACAUUCAACUCACGAUCUUCUGUUGGCAACAAAAUCAGCAUACCCAGAUUUUCCUCAUCCCAACGUUCUCCUGGAUGCCGACCCCUCCCGUCUGCAGGUGAGAAGUGA